GUUAAAGUCGGAAACUGAUUCAUUUCCUGUGGUGUUUGGGCGUGUCCCUGAGCUAGAGCAGAAGGAGAUUAUUCUGGAAAGAAGGGGUACAAUCCAUCCGAGCUGAACAUCUGGAAUGGCUACUCCAUGGGAUGAUUUGAGCCUCCUUCUCGACUCCCCAGGCUCGCUGUCCGUCCCUAGUCGAGGAACCGUUAAGGAUAAAUCGGGUUUUAAUGCGGGUGAAGAUGCUGCUGCUUUAAGGAAGGCCAUUGAGGGAAUCGGCACCACUGAGAAGACUCUGAUCGACAUUCUGACUCAGAGAAGCAGCGCUCAGCGUCAGCAGAUCUGUAAAGCGUACAAGGACGCAACAGGAAAGUCUCUUGUGGACGCUCUGGAAGGAGACACUCAUGGACAUUUUGAGGACAUCCUGGUGGCUCUCGUCACCCCGCUGGCGCAGUUCGACAUGCAGGAAAUUAAAAGGGCGAUUAAAGGAGCUGGAACCACAGAGAAAACACUGAUCGAGAUCCUCGCAUCCCGAUCUAACCAACAGAUCAAGGCUCUGUCUGACGCAUAUUUACAGGACACGGGGAGAGCACUGACUUAUGAUCUGAAGUCAGAGGUUUCCGGGGAUUUUGGGAAAACUCUGCUCAUCCUUGCUGAGGGCAAAAGGGACGAGAAUAAAAAUGUGGACGCUGCUCAAGCCAAAGCUGAUGCGAAGGCCCUGUACGAGGCCGGAGAGAAGAAAUGGGGGACAGACGAGGACAAGUUCAUCGAUAUCCUCUGUCACAGGAGCGUUCCUCAGCUCCGACAAACCCUGGUGGAAUAUAAGAACCUGAGUGGGAAAACCCUGCAGCAGAGCAUUGAGAGUGAGAUGUCUGGAAAUACAGAGGAGGUUUUAGUAGCCGUAGUGAAAUGUGUGAAGAGCGUCCCGGUUUACAUGGCAGAGCUUCUCCGUAAGAGCAUGAAGGGUGCGGGCACUAACGAGGCCAUGCUGACUCGGAUCAUGGUGAGCCGCUCAGAGAUCGAUCUGAUGGACAUCAAGGCAGAGUAUAAAAAACUGUACGGUCGCUCCUUAUACUCCGAUAUCAAGUCUGAAACCUCAGGAGAUUAUCAGAAAACCCUGCUGGGGCUCUGCGGCGCGGACGAUUAGGCCUGAGCUCAGAACCGAGCUCAGAACCCACCUCAUCACCCUGAAAAACACGGAGGAGCCGAGAUGAAGUGAUGAAACCACAACACGGUGCUGCUUCCUCGAUCUUCACCACAACGAUCUGAAAACUCUUGAUGUUAGAUUAUAGAUAUUACAGAUCCUAUAUGAAGUAUGAUGUGUGGAUGGAACUGAUGGAUUUAACCCUUUAUAUUCUCUGCAGUGAAGUAUUUUACACUGGGAAGAUUUUAAGAAAUAAAGCUUAUUAAAACUAAA